AUUCGGAUAACUUGCAAGUGGGAUCAAAAAGAGAUACCAUCGAUGAUAAUGGGAACGAUGAGGCAGAAUACCGCGAUGCGUUAAGUGAAACCGUUAAAUUAGGAUCCGUUAAAAGUGUUCGAUUAUAUGAUCCCAAAAUGACUGAACGGGUGUGGGAAAGUUUUACGAGCAAUGCAAAAAAUUCCUUGCAAUCGAUAAGGAUAACGUUGAAUAGUCAGAAAUUAAUAGCAGAUCCAUCAACGAUUGUAUUUUUAUUUGGAAAAUAUUGUAAGAAUUUAAGAAUAUUCGAUUUUGACACAUUUAUACAUCCCAUCUCAAAGGAGUCCACGAUGAUAUUAUUGGAAAAUUGUAAAAAAUUAGAAUAUUUAGAUAUAUCAGCUUCGAGCGAAACAGUUCCAUUUUUACAUAAAUCUAAAUCAAUCAAAUCAAUAUAUUUAUCACAUACAGUAAAUGGGAAAGAUUUAAAUCAAAUGAAUGAAAGGAUGGAGAAUUUAAAAAGGUUAUCAAUUUUAAAAAUUCAGGGGAAAAGUAAUUUAUUAUUUUUGAAAAAUUUUCCAAAUUUAGAAUACUUAUCGAUCGGAGAUUUUGGUGAAAUGAAUGAAGAAGGAUUUUUAAAUGUUUCAAAGUUAAAUUUAAUCGAACUAGAAUUAGUUAAAACUCGGAACAUAUCGGAUGAAGCAUUACUCAGAUUUGGGUCAAUGAAAUCAUUAACUAAGUUUAAUAUUAGAGAUCGUUUACCUAAUGUAACGCAAGAAGGUUGGAUUAGUUUAGUUAAAAGGCCUGUCGAUUGCCCUUCUUGGCGUAUAAUAACAAUUGAUGAUGGUAGACAAAUUAAUCCUGAAUUCUUCGAAACGUUAGAACACAAUCAUCCCAAUUUAGAAUUUUUGAGAAUUAGGGGUUUUAAGUACGAUAAUCUACUAAAAGAUGAUUCUUUUGAUAAAUCGAAAUUUAAGGAAGCUUGGUGGCAUUAUAAAAAUAAUUCUUAUACUCCUACUCCUAUUAUUUAUUGGCCUAUUAGAUACAACAAGCAGAAGCCUGGUAAGAAACAAAAUCAAAUUUUGAAAAAGGAAAAUGUUUAUUCUACUUUCGAGCAAGAUGAUUCUUAUUAG